AUUCUGUUGUAAGUUGGUUGUCCUUAAUUUUUUGGGAGUUGAUAGACAUAAAAUUAAAACAUAUACAGAAAGAUUUCAGUACAGAGAAGCAUCAUGUUUUAUUGAAAACGAGAUCGGAUUUAAGGAACUCUCUGAUUAUUUAAUAAAAGAUAAGAAAACUUUCAUUUGGAAAUGGGGUGCACUUGAAGAUGCAAUACUUAGUUCGGAAAAUAUGAACAGAGAGAUUGCUACUUCGCUUGAGAUUGAUCUUAGUGAUCCUGAACCUUCUAAAAGAUGUAAGAUACUUAAAAAUAAAUUGAAAGAGAGACUAAAUGAAAAGGAAAGAAAAGAGUUUUCUAAACAUCUUAGUGAGGUCGAUGAAAUUAAAAGAUUUCUGGGCUUCAUGGAGGAUGAAGAAAAUAAAAGAAUGCAGAAUCAAGAUAACCUCAAGACAGAGGAUUCGACCGAAAUAAGCAUCGCCGAGCUGAAUGAAAAUUUUGUGAAAUUUUCUUCACUAUUGGUAGCCGAGGGGACAUUUACUCUCAUUAAAAGGAUCAAGCACGAGAUUGCCAAAGACGACACUUGUCCAACGAUUGAUGUAUUCAUUGAAAAAAACAAGCACACACUUUUUCAUCUUUUUGAAAGUAAAAACUGCUGUCAAUGCGAAACAUCUGAAAACAAUUAUCAUAAAGUGAUGUCAUGCGAACAAUGGUCUUGUUUGUUUAAAAAAAAUACAAAGAAAUGUAACAAUUCGAUGCCAGCUGAUCAAUGUUGUUGUCAAUUUAGUGCAGAUUCCAACUUGGAUAUAUCAACCCUAGAUAUAACAUUGCUUUCUCUAAUUUUGCUACACAUUUGUACUCUUGGUAUAGAUGAAAGGGAAGAAGUAAAAAAAAUUCAAAUGCAAGCUACGAGAUAUUUUGAUCCUUCAUCAAUUCCAUAUAUGACUAAUAACGCAUACGUAGAAAACUUCAAUGACACAAGUUUUGCUUUAGAAACUAUAGGAAAAGCAAUAGGAGAUGAAAUGUUUCUUGAAAUAAAAGAAAAAAUUGAAACCUUGGAGGAAACCAAAGUAGCAGAUCUCUGCAGACAUCUCAUUGGUCUUCUUCAACUUCAGAGAAAAACAAAAGGAGAAGACAUGGAAAGAAUAGAGACAGAACUAAGACAAAUUCACAAAAAGAAUAGAAGAGAUUCGGACACUUCCGUUGAAGACAUUUGGAGUUAUGUUCCACAAACGAAGUCGGGGAACAUGUUGUUUUUACUCUGUUUCUUCAUUAAGGCCUUCUGUCUUCUGCGUAAGACCCGUCUUUUAUUCUAUAAAUGAGUGUUGAUUUUUUUCAUUUUUCUUUUUAUCAUUAAGAUCUUUCGUCUCAAAUGGAAGACCUUAUUGUUUUCGUUCAGUAUCUUUUUCCCUAUCAUUA